GAUAGAGGAGGCCCGCCCAAGCUCACGAGGCUCUUUCUGUUUCACCGUGUGGUCAGCUCUCCCUUUACCCACAGUGCUCAGGAGAAGGUCUCUCGAAUGGGGGGGAGGGACGACACUUCGAAGGACGGCCUGGCCACGGGUUUGAUCUGCUGGGUCAGAGAGGCUCGAUUUCAUGAGCUGCUCACACGUAGGUUAGGUUUAAAUGAGGUUAUUUCUUAAUACCCCAGCUUCAGAAUGAAUAAGCAAAAGAUUUAUUCUCUUAAUCACCAAAAGAUAUUUUAAAAAUUUGGCAGAAACCUUUUCCUCAUACUUUCAGACGAGGAAACAGACACGGCAAGUCAGUUAUCCCCAAAGCCAUAGCUGGAUGCCAUGCAAAUUUAGCACCAGUUUCACAGAUUUUUGAAAUCGUGGCCUCGGGAGAUAUUUGGAAUUUAGGGAUUUUUCUGUUACCAGGCAGGAGAGGGAAGAGGGAAGAGAUAGAAGCAUCAAAAUGCUGCUCCUAUGUGUCUAUCUCCGAUGUGAAAUUGUUAGUUGUUUCCGUGUUUGUCUUCUCUCGUUGAUGGCCUCUACUGCACCAGAGCUGCCACUAAUAUGGCCACACAUUCCCUCAGCUCCUGAAAUACAAAAAAACUCUCGUAUUAUAGAAAUUGGGUGGAAGCGCGAUAUUCAUUCAGUCAUAUCUACUGAGGGCCAACGGGAGUGCUUAGCACUAGGCCCUCGGGAGAGUUCAAUAGACGUAAAAGACACGAUUCCUCUUCUCGAGGAACUGGCAAUCUAACAGAGUUUUCUUGAGUCCCAACCCUUUUCUGUCGCCAACAGGUAUGCGAGGAGCAGAUGGGCGUCUGAAUAAUGCCCAUACAGCGCUGAUGCUGCAGGACGAGACCAUCCGGCGGGUGGAGAGAGAACGCCAGACAUGUGCUGAGCAGAUGUCCUCACUGGAACGUAGCCUGCACGUGAGUGAGGAAGAGAAGAGGGGUCUUCAGGAGAGAAUCGGUAAACUAAAAGCCAAAGAAGCCAAGCUAGAGACAGAUAAGAGGAAGCUAAAAGAAGUCCUGGAGGUCGCCGAGGGCCGAGCCACCGAACUAGAGCUGAGCAGACGCUCUGUGGAGGGGGAACUCGAGCGGACCCAGAUGAAGGUGGCCGAUCGAGAGGUGGAAAGUCAGGGUCUCCGGGAGCAGGUGCAGCUGCUGCAGGGUCGGUUGGAAGAGAGCGAAUGCAAAUCUACCUCCUUGCAGCAGGAGCUGGACCGCCUGACCCACUCCCUGGCAAGGGCAGAGGAUGAGGAAAGCCUCCUGAAGGACAAAGUUCAGAGCCUUUCUAAAGCACUGGCAGAAGCUGCUGCUGGCUCUUGCAGCCUCCGGGAAAAUGUCUCUCAGCUGCAGAAGGCCCUGACGGCAGCCGAGCAGGAUCGACGCGUGCUGCAGAAACACCUGGAUUCUGUGCGUCAGGCACUGUCCGAGAGUAAGAGACAGAGCCAUGGGCUGGCUGAGAGGGAGCUACUGCAGGAAGACCAACUCAGUGAGCUGCAGCUGCGGUGUGAAGACCUGAAAGGGCAGAUAGAGCAUCUGCAGGAGAUAAUCCUUCGACAGCAGCUGAGCGAGGAGGAGGCGGUAGCUUCAGCUCAGAAGUUCCAGAAUGAGAACGGGGCUCUUCGCGAGAGGGUGGCCGGCCUGCAGCGGGCUCUGACCCAACUGGAAGGAGAGUACAAGGAACUGGCCCGCUCAGCCUUCCGCUGGGAGAAGGAUGCCUCCGCUGCUCCAAAGACCCUCAGCCAGUCCCAGAUUGCUGAGCUGGAGCUGGAGCAUGCCCAGAGACUGCUUGAACUGACUUCUCGGCAUCGAGAGGAUCUGGAUCUGGAAGCAGAGAGGCUGCGCAAUACCCAGCUCCAUGCAGAAAGGACUCUGGAUUCUCAAGAGCGAGCCUACAAGCAGAGAGUGAAGGGCCUGGAGGAGCAGGUGAGGACACUGAAGGAGCAGUUGGACCAGGAAAUGCGAAGAAAACAUUCCUAUCUCAACAAGAAACUCCGAGCAGGGAAGUGAAAUCCAGAAUAUCCAGUGUUGCUAUGUGCAAGGACUUGGGAGAUCUGUUCGUUAACAAGAUAUGGACGAGCCUUUCAGCCGAAGUCCUGGGGUAAAGGAGCAGGUGAACGCAACGGCUUGUCACUCAAUUAAGUCAUGAUCAGUUGCUAUCAAUCAAAAAAGAUUAAGGAUGGGAAUGUACUUUUGGAUAAGUUGAAAAACUAUAGGUAAGAGCAAUUAAGAUUGUCAUCAGCUAAACAUGGCAUGCCUGAAGAAAACUGUGUAAUAACAUCAGCUGUUCCAUCCAUGACUCGGUCUUGUGCAUCAUUGUCUAACAUAGCAAGAAAUUUAGCAUCAGUGGAUUUCCCUAAAGAAUUGGUCUUUGACAGACCAUCCUCAUCAUUAGAGCUUGAAUAUAUAUUUGAUAUCAUCUAAUAGUUUUUGAUUUCCUUUAUUCAAUCACUUCUCUAUAAUGAUUGAGCCAUCUGCUAACUUUCUCAUCUUUUAAAAAUGGAAAGAGCAAUGGCUCUUCGAAGGCCAGGUUUUGAACUGUUGUGCACAUGUUUUCAUGUGCCAGAAGAAUGAUAGGUCCUGGCUCCUUACCCAGGCUUCCACAUUACCCAAAUCCAGGACUGCUUUAGUGUCCCUUGUCCUCCUCGGCCAUAAUACUUCACCUCAAAUAAUCAACCUCUGGUAAACAUAGGAAAAUUUAUGAAGAAAUAUUUCCACUCACAGUACCCAAAAACACACUUUGUACUAAGAGACACAAAAAGAGAGGCAGAAACAUUCACAAAACAACCACACCCCAGGGCUGGUAAAAGCCCUUUGCUCUCUCUAUGAACUGCAGGCCUCUUUCACGGUGGCAGGUGGCUGGGAUUAGCUCACAGCCAAGUUGUCUUGUGACUCGUUGGCCAUAAGAUGCGUUAAAGUGUAAAAUUAAAAGUUGGUACAGACCCACCCACUCUCUCAGCCACCAGACUCCAAGAAAAUCCCUGUAGGAAUCAGACUGUGGUUGCCAUGACAACAAUAGCACCCAUCUUGGGGCUGCCAUGAGCUUCACCUGUUAACAUUAGUAAACUUUUUUCCCCCCAUUAACUUGAGUUGAGUUUUUUUUCCCUCACAUUUUCUUUUCAUUGCCAUCUGGUAAUGUAUUUCUAACCCCCUUUUCCAGGAACCAGUGUUUCUCUCAAGAAAUUGACACUAGAAAGAAAAAUUUGAAACAGCAUUGUCAAAUAUAAUUGCAGGGUUUUCAUAUUUAAUCAACUUCAGGUGCUUCAAAGAGAAUUUGGUAACUUUAGGAUAAUGGGUUCUCCCACCCUCCUUCUACCUCCCAAGUUUUAUAAUCACUCAAUGUCUAAUGGCAUACAACUUCACACACACAAAAAAAAAAACAAUAAAAAAUUGCUUCAAAAAUUGUUUAUGUUACCAUUCUUAAUCAUUUAUUCCUUUCUACACUCACCAUUUCCUCAUUUGUUUUGCUUGCUUUAUAUCAUAUAAAAAGAUAAUUCAGUGAUCAAACACUAAAGCAAAUGUGAGCCGGAACCAUAUUCAAAAGUAGCAACACAAACCCACACUCCCCAGUUGGGGCAUUACCUCAACCUCUGAACCCUGUUUCUGAAGCUCCUCAUGCACAAUGGGCAGGGGUUAGGAAGUUUCAGAAAUUUUUGAAAAAAUGAAAGUCAAGGAGGUAGCAGGUUAAGUGGAGUAGAAAUCUGCCCCAGGAGAGAGUAUUCAAGAAACCACAAAUUCCACUUGCAAAGACCUCUCCAGGUUACCUUCCCAGAACCUCUUUGUUUUUCACCAUUCUUGCAUUUAACGGGUUUUACCACUUUAAGGAUUACAGUCUAUAUCCCUUAUAUUAUUCACAGUAUUAAAAUGCAGUGUAAAAAUGAGAGUGAAUUUUAUGUAUAUGACAUUUUUAUAAUAAAAAAUAAUUUAUCGU